AUGGGGGCAUCAAAAGUGAAAAAGUCCCUGAGCUCAGCUUGCACACGGUUUGUCAAGCUACUUGACUUGCAUUCGCACCAGGUCCAGAACUCAAAGCGUUUCAGCCUUCAACAGCACCAGGUCCAGAACUCAAAGCGUUUCAGCCUUCAACAGCACCAGGUCCAGAACUCAAAGCGUUUCAGCCUUCAACAGCACCAGGUCCAGAACUCAAAGCGUUUCAGCCUUCAACAGCACCAGGUCCAGAACUCAAAGCGUUUCAGCCUUCAACAGCACCAGGUCCAGAACUCAAAGCGUUUCAGCCUUCAACAGCACCAGGUCCAGAACUCAAAGCGUUUCAGCCUUCAACAGCACCAGGUCCAGAACUCAAAGCGUUUCAGCCUUCAACAGCACCAGGUCCAGAACUCAAAGCGUUUCAGCCUUCAACAGCACCAGGUCCAGAACUCAAAGCGUUUCAGCCUUCAACAGCACCAGGUCCAGAACUCAAAGCGUUUCAGCCUUCAACAGCACCAGGUCCAGAACUCAAAGCGUUUCAGCCUUCAACAGCACCAGGUCCAGAACUCAAAGCGUUUCAGCCUUCAACAGCACCAGGUCCAGAACUCAAAGCGUUUCAGCCUUCAACAGCACCAGGUCCAGAACUCAAAGCGUUUCAGCCUUCAACAGCACCAGGUCCUGAACUCAAAGCGUUUCAGCCUUCAACAGCACCAGGUCCUGAACUCAAAGCGUUUCAGCCUUCAACAGCACCAGGUCCUGAACUCAAAGCGUUUCAGCCUUCAACAGCACCAGGUCCUGAACUCAAAGCGUUUCAGCCUUCAACAGCACCAGGUCCUGAACUCAAAGCGUUUCAGCCUUCAACAGCACCAGGUCCUGAACUCAAAGCGUUUCAGCCUUCAACAGCACCAGGUCCAGAACUCAAAGCGUUUCAGCCUUCAACAGCACCAGGUCCAGAACUCAAAGCGUUUCAGCCUUCAACAGCACCAGGUCCAGAACUCAAAGCGUUUCAGCCUUCAACAGCACCAGGUCCAGAACUCAAAGCGUUUCAGCCUUCAACAGCACCAGGUCCUGAACUCAAAGCGUUUCAGCCUUCAACAGCACCAGGUCCUGAACUCAAAGCGUUUCAGCCUUCAACAGCACCAGGUCCAGAACUCAAAGCGUUUCAGCCUUCAACAGCACCAGGUCCUGAACUCAAAGCGUUUCAGCCUUCAACAGCACCAGGUCCAGAACUCAAAGCGUUUCAGCCUUCAACAGCACCAGGUCCAGAACUCAAAGCGUUUCAGCCUUCAACAGCACCAGGUCCUGAACUCAAAGCGUUUCAGCCUUCAACAGCACCAGGUCCAGAACUCAAAGCGUUUCAACCUUUUAGAUCAUAAUGAAUAAGAGGGGAUCUGAUCCUAGAUCAGACACUUUAUAAAUACGGGCCCAGGACAAUACAUACACCGCAUGACACUAGCCAGCACUUUAAACUGUUCUUUUACACACAUCCACACACCAGGUUUUGUGAUCACUCCAUGUGUUGUUUUCAGA